AUGUGCCUAUCUGUGCCUUCGUCUUCGCUCGCUUUGAUUUCGCUUACUGGCUCCCUAGCCAACCUUGAUCUAUAUCCAUCCCUUCUAAACUCGCCUCCUGACAUUUCGAACGCGACAAAUCCAGCGCUUUCUGCUUUCACCUUGGCCUUCGACUUUUCGGCCAGCGAGGUGACUUGGCUAGGGGUCCUAGUUCGGACAUUGAAGCAAAACCGUGCUUUGGUGAAUAAAUUCCGCAAGUUGAAUGGGGGCGUGAAAACCCUCACCCACCCGUCUAUUCAUUCUUUACAGUUGAUAUCUAAGAUUGAGACGAUCGAGGCUAACCGGGUUUCUCUAUAUGAACAGCGACUGCGAAAUAGGUAUUCUGAAUACCUUGCUACCGUUCUUUACAACCGCGCAAGGUCAAUUAUUGACCCUGCGGUUAUUGCCGGCGCUUUCGCCUAA